AGGCGGCCUGGGUCAGUUCUAGCCGUGUUUGUGUAUAAAAUGCUGCUAGCUAUCUUGAGACGGCUAACGCUAGCUAGCAUAGCCAGCCGGGCGUUGGGAUCCCAGCUAAUAGAGGUAGGUUAGCCGUCCCGAAGUGCCAGCGUUAGGGGCCAAACUGGCUCUUAAAGGUUUCCGAUCUAUCAGCUCUGACCGGGUGUGACAGCGGCAGAUGGCAGUGCCAGACCGAAACCGUCCGUGGUCUGAGACUCAUUAAAAAGUGACCGACGGAGAGGUGAUAUGGAACAGCCCCUCGGUAACUCGGAUGGUUUACAGCCUCAGGAACUCUCAUCCGCUUGCAACCUGCCCAGUGUGUUUGACCUGACGAGGAACGGCGAAGAAUGUCUUUUGAAAGCCAACUCUAUAGAUGCCUUGCACGUUGUCCAGCCCCCGAGUUGGUAUGUGAGUUCUGGGACCAGCAAUGGGAUGGCACUCCCAGAAAAUGAUCCAAACCACUCAUCACAGCCUAAUGACCAGACACAACCAGACAAUGCGUUUUCCAAUACAACUGUCACACUCUCUUAUGUGAGCAGGUCUCAUGUCUUUUCUACCCAAAACACUCUCUCUCAGCAUUCCCAGCUUAUUGGGGUUCCGAUAAGCAAGACCUUCUCUCUACAUCCCACUGUAUACGAUGCUAGCCAGUUGGCUGGCACAGAUGGAGCUCCGCUUUGUGUGGAGAUGGACCAGCACUACCUCCAGCAGGUCUCCGUACCUGUUGGGUUAGCCGCCUGUGCCAGCUCCUUUGAGUUUGUCACACCAGCUCAAGUUGUUGAGAAUGUCGCAGGGCUCUGUUAUCUUCCACAGGUUCAUGAGGUCAGUGGCAUACAGGAUGUUGAGAGCCUUGCUCUGGAAACGCUCAGAUCUUUACAACAGAGCAGCCCUGCUGAAUGUAAGAUUCCUCUCAGCCUCGGCCAAAUGCAGAAUGGCGGAGUCGGCAGUUUGUGGAAUCCAGGAUCUUUUGAUGGGAGCUUUCCAAGUGGUCAUGUUGUAGACGCUGAGGAUCAGCAUAGGAACGGCAACCCUGAAGUACUCUUUUUGAUAUCCAGAUCUGAGGAACCAGUUAUUUUACAAAGCAAUCAGGGGCCUGCUGGCCUGGCCAUGUCUUUAUCCCAGGACUUCAUUAAUGCACCGGAGGAUCCACUGUCACCCGCCGUUGCCUCACAGAACGACAUAAAGGACGUUUUCAUUCUGCCACAGACUGCAAAGUCUCCAAGUGAAGAGAACGCUUAUAACACUAGGCCAGAGGAAGUGAGUAAUGGGGAGGCGCAUCCAGCGCCAUGUGUGGAAGAAACAGAAUCGUCAUCUCUUACUGAUGUUGCAGAAGGAUUCAGCACCAGCAUUAACAGUGAACUAAUGGGCAGUAUGGUUGACCCAUGCCAGACAGAGCAGUCAGAACAGAACAGUGAUUUAUUUGAGGUAAAAGAAGAGAGCUCAAUAGGACACAAGUUAGAAAGUACAGCACUUGUAAGAAAAGAACUUCCUCUAAGAACUAGAAGAGGGAUGAGGUUGGAGACCAUUGUUCAGAAUAUCUACCCUACCAGGUACAAAUGUAGUUAUGUUUCUUCCAUAAAAAAAUCUCAAUUUGUUGACACUCUGGCAGAUCAUACUGCUCAUCCGGACUCUAAACAGCAUGUUUCUUUUGACCACAGUAUUCAGGGCAUUAUGGAGGUUGCAUUGUGCUCUGUGGAGGCGGGGACUGAACCCAGUGAAACUACAGCACGAUUACAGGAGGAAGACGAAGAAGAAACAGGUGUCGCUGACUUGAACACACCUGAAUGCACAGUAUCUACCUCAUCAUCAGAAAGUGUUUCGAAACAUUUACUAGAUGACACAUCACCAGAUGUGUCACUCAAGCAGACUAAAUAUGACAAGAAUGCAAAGAAGAGACAAAAAGUUUCAACUAAGUGCCAGGUAAGCACAGGAAAGCAGACAGAGAGGCCUAUUCCAGAGCUUUGUAGGAAAAGGCCCUCAAAGCAGCAAAUGGUAAAUAUGGGUACCCAAGGGUUGCCGACAACAAAGAAAGUCCAUGCCUCCAAAAAGAAAAGGAAAAAACACAAAGUGGGCCAAGCUUCCAUUUUCACUCCCCAGGAGCCAGAGAUAAAACUGAAAUAUGCCAACUAUAAGGACGAGCGAAGGGAGAGGCGAGACGAGACCUUUUCGCCUUUUGUCCACGUGGAGCUGAGGGAGUACCCUAUGUGCACGGUCGUCAAUUACCCUGAGGAGAGUGCCAGGCUGAUCAGAGGUAAGCAACAGCCUCCCUCAGGGUUUGCGUCGGGCACCGUUCCCACGACGCCCUGCCUGCAGUACAGCCGCAUCUCCGUGGAGGCCUCUCGGCAGGCCACCCUCGUGUGCUGUCUCUGUGGAGGCCCUGCCAAUGCUCUGGACCUGGGGGACCUGCACGGGCCUUACUAUCCUGAGGGUAUCAGGCCCACGUCGAGAACCCCGGCUGGGCCAGCGGAGCGAAGAGGGGAGAACUCCAGUGACUCGGACUCCUAUCACGCCACUGAAGACAGCAAGCAUGCGGCUCUUGUGCUGGGCUGCUGGACUCGAAAGGACCACCACAAGCUCCGGGAAGCGGUAGCUCUAGGGGCCUGUUCCAGACGGACCAUCGAGGGUGGUCUUGCAUGCAGCCCCAUGGCGAAAACGCCCAAGACAGAGGCUGUUGCAGACUGGUUCAGCCCCCCUGUUGUGGCCCUGGAAACCAGAGAGUUCUGGCUCCAUGAGGACUGCUGCAUAUGGUCAGCAGGUGUCUUUCUUGUGAGAGGGAAGCUGUAUGGGCUUGAGCAAGCCAUUAAGAUGGCAAAGGAGACAAUUUGCUCCUGUUGUUAUCAAACAGGAGCUACACUGGGCUGCUUUUUCAAAGGCUGCCCCAACAAGUAUCACUACAUUUGCGCAGUGCAGUCAGGCUGUGUUCUAAAUGAGGAAAACUUCUCAAUGAAAUGCAGGAAGCAUAAGUACAGUCUGCCAAGUCGUGCUCCGUGCAAGCGUCUUUCAGCUCUGUCAGCAGUUUCCAUCUCCCCUUUGUCCAUCAGAACAGAUCCGUCAAAAGCGUAUCAAAUGAUGACCAGAACAGCAGGUGACGGGGAGAGAAGAUGCAGCGCACGGUACCUGCAUCCCGCACAUCAUCAGUUUUCAAAAGGACGUGAUUGGGAAGGACAAGUGGAGGGAAACGCACUCGCGUGCUUAACCCACAACAUCUCUGUUCUGCUCAGCAGGUUUAUCUCUGCUGCUCAGACUCGCUCUGCCGUGAGGCUGCCGCGCUCCGAGAUGGCAAACGACUCUGAACCGACAGAAGCGGCUCUCUGCAAAGGCGACACCCGUGUACCUUAAUGCUUUCUCUUACCGCUGCACUGUCCCUGAUGCUACUUUCCAACUUUAGCCACACCCACAUAGAUUUCGGCGGCACCACUACAGUUUUUGCGAGGUUAAGGGCUGUCUACCAAGUCACAAGUGAAGCCUAGUUGUGGACUGAAAGGAAUUCUCAAUGGAGAAUCGCCAUUGGGAAUGGGACCUUCUCUAGAAUAUUUCUUAUAUUUCAGUGAGCUAUGUAAUAAAUUAGCUGUAGUCUAUGAGAUUAAAUUGCACAUUUAUAGGCCUCAAAGACAAAUCUGCGAAACCUAAACCACAGCACAAAGCCAAUCUACUAACAUUUGGAAAUUGUGUAUUUUGUAGCGCAAUUGCUUAGAACUUAUUUAUUACAUUUGGGAUAAAAGUAAAUUGUAGGUUUUCAGUUCUGAAAACUGAAAGUCAUUUGUGUACUUGUUAAUUUAAAAAGUAAAUUUAUUCUGAAGAUUCAGUUCUUCAGAUGACAUUUGUAAUGGGCAACACAGUGUUUCUGAUGAAUCACACGUUCACUAGAUUAAUUGUCUGAAAAACACAUUACAUCACUUUCAUUUUAUGGAAGCCUGUGCAGACGUCGGUUGUCCUGUGUAAUAAGUGGAGGAAGCAGGUCCUCUUCAGCAGGGCUCUCGCGGCUGUGUCACACCUGUCCAGACCUCUUUCACCUAUAAUGAAGUCCUCUGUCCUUUAUCUGUAGAGGUCAAAAAUGUGCGCGUGUUGAACUUUUGUACAUCAGCAUUUCAUUGCCUAAUAACAUACGAGUCCUUGUAGUCGUUUCUCUGUGUUUGUAAAUGGACUCGUGGAUUUUAUUCCUCCCAGCGCUCUGAAAAGAGGGCAGUAACUACACGCACUUUGAAGGCAUCUCAAAUAGCAGAGUGUUUAACCAUCAAUACUCCCACAAUAUUGUCUUGCAUUCUCUUAAGCCCAAAAUGUUCAUCCCAGCACUCCUGCAAAUAGAACUGGAUACAAGAGUAACGUAGUAUUUGUCAUUUCUGAUGCUAUGCAGACACAAUCACACAUGCAGAAUGUUUGGCUUGUUAGCAGGUGUUUUAUGUCCUGUUAGGAAGUGCAUGCUGCAUCCUGAGAAGUGUUGAUUCUGCUUAAUUAUCACAAUUAUCCAUUUGUUUCAAUAUAAAAUAUUUGCAGCACAGAGAUUAAGUGGGUUAAUAGAAAAUAAUUAGAAGCAGAGUCUUGUACCCCAAAGUUGUUCACGCCGUUUGGGGCUAGUGUUUAAGUUCUGUACUUUAGUAUUAAAACCAUUACCAAGAUGAGCACAUCUGAAGCAGUGAGAGGUUGCUCCGAAUAAUGUGUAUGACUGCCUGCUGUCAUGUUAGGAUGGGGAUCAUUGUUGGGCAUGUCCACGAGUGUCCCCCUGUAUCUGUGUUGUGUGCCACAUGCAUCUCAUUGUCUGUAUUUAUGCAAGUGUUGCUGCAAAUGGAAUUGAAUUCAGCUUUGAUUUUAGCACCACAGAAAUCUUGAGCUUCACAUCACACAACCGUCCUGAAAUGUACCAAACAUGUACUCUGUGCUUUUUGCUCUGUUGUCCCUUUUUCAAAAAUGUAUAUUUCACAUAUUUUUAAAUGGAAAUAAUUCAGAUGUUCUCAGGGUUGAAACUCGUAUUUCUUUUGCAUAUUUUUAUUCCCAAAGUUAUUUAUCAACAUUUCCAGGACAUUCCCAGUUAUUGCCAAAUAAUAAAGUGGCUGCUUGUUGGAGCUCCCACAGCUGCGCAUGCGUGUUAUGUCUGGCCUUCACAGUCCUACUCUGUUUUCUUCUCCUGUAACCCACAGUAGUUGUUUUCUUGAAGCAUUUUUGCAUGUGUGUAACUGGAACUGUAGCGCAAUAUUUGUUUAAAUGCUAAAUGUGUGUGUGUGUUGCUUUAUAAGUUUUGGUUUGUUUGUUUGAGUACAUAAUCUAGAAAUGUUAACUACAACCAAAAAAGGCAGCAACACUCACAAAACGGUAACAAGCAUGAGCAGAAUUCACAUUUUCCUUUUCCUUUUUUUAAUUUAUUUAUUAAGUUUUAACUUGGAGGAAGACUUGUAUUGCGAAGACAGAACUGGACUAAAAUUUGGGUGGGUGUUGCUCACUGAGUGAAAACCCACUUAUAGUGCGCAAGUCUUCGUUGUCCAAAUGCACACUGCUAGGCGUUUUGUGUCUUAGCACACUGACGGAUCAAAAGGUCAUCAGCAUAUUUUUGACAUGUCUUGACCAACUAUAAAGCCAUCUUGUACUUUUGCCUGCAAAGUCACACAAAAUGUUCAUAGUAUGGAAGGAAGUAAUUUGUGUCAAUACAUCCAGCCUGUUUCUGAGGGGCAGGAGCGUGGCAGUACAAAAUGUUACAUUUUGUUAGUUUCUGUUUUUUGUUGUUUUUCAUCCUUUGAACACAUCUCUAUCACAUAAAUUCAUGCAGACGUGUGGGGAAAAUAACACAAAUACAGAAAUACCAUCGGUUCACCAAUUCCUUGUAAUCUUCCAUUUAGUUUGUCUCUCGGGGGAAAUGUUGAGCAAUUUAAGAUUCUUCAGUGAAAGACGAACCCCAGAUUCCAUUCCAUCUCCAACUUGUCAGUUUUGUACACUGAAACAUUUUCUAAUGGGACCUGCUGUAACUUCACUGCACAUGUAUGCUUAUUUUAGAGUCCAUACUUAGUUUUGGGAAGACAUUAACACAGCAACAAUUACAACAACGGCAUACAAAUAAAACAGAAAAACUCAACUGUCACUUGUCUUUGUCACAGUUGUUUUAGCCCUACUCUAAUUAUUUCACUCUGGAAAGUUAUGCAAGAAAUUGUGCUACAGUAAAAUCAGUUCACAUUACAACAACUGUCAAAUCUUUGACAUUUUUUUUUCCCUAGUAAAGAUGCUUGUUUUAAUAUUCA